UGAACGAAAUGUUUGUUAAUGUCUUGGGAACAUAGAGAUUGGAUAUUUAGAAGAAACGUGUAAACCUCCAAAAACUGGGAGUUGCCUUUCCAAUCUAAUCAAAGUAUUGUCUGCAAAUUCCAACAGAUCUCUCUCUUCUCUUCUCUUCUCUUCUCUUGGUUGUUACAGCUCGCUGUCACUUUCUUUGCUCCCACCACAUCAUCUGUAAGAUAUUGUAUAUCGGUAUGAUUGGCGGAGGGAGGAAGAACGCCGGCGGUCGAGCAGUGUCGCCAUUUCUGCUGGUACUUAUUUCACUGGGAUUCUUCUUCGCCACUUACAAUUUAGUGACGCUCCUCAUCCACCAGCGAGGUGCCGCCGGCGCUGCAGCCGGUGCUUCUGACUUGUCUUUUUCCGGAUGGAGGCUCGGCGAUAAUCCGAAAUUCCACGUCGCUCUCACGGCCACCGAUGCUCCCUACAGCAAGUGGCAAUGCCGGAUCAUGUAUUAUUGGUACAAGAAGAUGAAGGAGUCGCCUGGAUCAGAUAUGGGCGGUUUCACCCGCGUAUUGCAUUCGGGCCGCCCCGAUAACCUCAUGGAAGAGAUCCCUACUUUCGUCGUCGAUCCGCUUCCCGAGGGCCUCGAUCGGGGUUACAUUGUCCUGAACCGACCUUGGGCUUUUGUUCAGUGGCUGGAGAAAGCUGUGAUUGAGGAAGAAUACAUUCUAAUGGCAGAACCUGAUCACAUAUUUGUGAAUCCUCUGCCGAAUUUGGCUGUUGGAGGGCAGCCGGCUGCAUUCCCCUUUUUCUACAUCAAACCUGCGGAGAAUGAGAAAAUCAUAAGAAAAUAUUAUCCAUUGGAGAAGGGCCCUAUAACUAAUGUUGAUCCUAUUGGAAAUUCUCCAGCAAUAAUCAAGAAGUCAACUCUGGAGAAAAUUGCUCCAACAUGGAUGAAUAUUUCUUUGAGGAUGAAAGAUGAUACUGAAACUGACAAGGCGUUUGGUUGGGUUCUAGAAAUGUAUGGCUAUGCGGUGGCAUCUGCCUUGCAUGGCGUGAGGCAUACUCUCCGUAAAGACUUCAUGCUACAGCCUCCCUGGGACCUUGAAGUCGGCAAAAAAUUCAUCAUUCACUAUACAUAUGGUUGUGAUUACAAUAUGAAGGGAAAAUUGACGUAUGGAAAGAUUGGAGAAUGGAGGUUUGAUAAAAGAUCUUAUCUUCAAGGUCCUAUACCAAGGAACCACCCUUUGCCUCCUCCAGGGGUUCCUGAAAGCGUGGUGAGGCUAGUGAAGAUGGUGAAUGAAGCAACUUCAAAUAUUCCUGGAUGGGAUAGUGACUAAAGAAUGUCUCCUCUAACUGUGAGAACCGUUCGCCACGCCGGCUGGUUAAGUCUUCAGGCAUUCAUUGGUCUGUCUGUGAGAGUGUGGAAGGGUGGGUGGUACAUCAAGUUAACAGAAAUCUAUGAAAAAUAUAUUGGUUUUUCGUAUCAUCUUCGUUUUACACAUUUCACUUGCCUUUUUCUUUUUUAUUAAAAAAAAAAAAAAAAGAAUACAUCCUAGUACUAGUUCCAAUACCAAAAGCACAUCCUUUUUUUUUUUGUGUAGAGAUCUGCUUGUUGAUGUUAGAAUUUGAUUUUAUUGUAAUCAAAUAGCAGUUUUGAUGUCAUUAGUGAUCAUAGCCGCCACAGCUCUUCAAUUUUGUAUUGCUUUCGCAACAUAAUACCUAAUUUUACGGAAGUUUGCCAAGGUUUCA